AUAGUUCGUCAUAGCGGUCGUUCCUGCAGCAUCAGGGGACCGCGAAGCAGCGUCGUAAACAUGGCUGACAACACACCAUCGGAUGGACCUGCCACAACAGAUGACGUGCAGCGCACAAUGAGUGAAGAUAAAGAACUGACCAAGGAGGAGAAGCAGCGAUUGAGAAAAGAGAAGAAGCAGCAGAAGAAAAACAAGGAGAAAAAAGAUGCGGCGGCUUUCCAAGAAAAUGAGAAAGAAAAAAAGCAUGUCAGCUCUUCAGCUUCUCAGCCACUAACUCAGCCAGCAUCACAGAAAGCAGUGCCUCCUCCUGUAGUUUCAUCAUCUGCCUCAGAAAACCCCGUCCCCUCAGACAAACCUGCUAAGAGUAAAGCAGAGUUGAAAGCUGAGAGGCGAGCUCGACAAGAGGCUGAGAGGUCUUCCAAACAGAGUAAGAAGGGAGAGGUCGGACAGCAGGUUCCUGCCAGUAAACCCAAAGCAUUACCCAAUGAGCUGCAGCCAGUGGUGAAGAGGCUCCCAGAACACGUCCAAUUGGACAACCCAGACGUUUAUAGGAAACUGACCAAGAAGUUGGAAAGGCAACAGAUCCCAGUCCGGUCAGAAUACGAGUGUAAAGUCAGCCUGUUUUCUCACCUCCAUCAGUACAGUCGCAAAGUCCCUCUCACACAACAACUCAGCAUUCCAUCUUCUGUGAUUCAUCCUGCUAUUGUGCGGCUGGGCCUUCAGUAUUCACAGGGCAUUGUGGCAGGAUCCAACGCUCGCUCUGUUGCCCUGCUGCACGCCUUUAAACAGGUAAUAAGGGACUACACUACCCCUCCCAAUGAGGAACUAUCCAGAGACUUGGUCAAUAAGUUGAAGCCUUAUAUCAGUUUUUUGAAUCAGUGCCGCCCUCUGUCAGCCAGCAUGGGUAAUGCAAUUAAGUACAUCAAGAAAGAAAUCUCCAAUAUUCCCAGUCAGUGCAAAGACAAAGAGGCAAAGAGCAAACUGCAAAAGUGUAUCGAGAGCUACAUUAACGAGAAGAUCGUCCUCGCUGCUGAAGCUAUUGCAAAGUCCUCCAUAGAAAAGAUCAGUGAUGGAGACGUCAUCCUAGUUUACGGAUGCUCAUCACUUGUCAACCACAUCUUGUGUGAGGCCUUCAAGAAGAAAAGGAAGUUUCGGGUGAUCGUGGUAGACAGCAGACCGCGGCUGGAGGGCCGGGAGGCCCUGAGGCGCCUGGUCCAGAGAGGCAUCAGAUGCACCUAUGUCCUAAUUUCAGCCGUCUCCUACAUCCUCCCAGAAGUAUCGAAGGUCUUCCUUGGCGCUCACGCUCUGCUGGCAAACGGUUACGUCAUGUCUCGUGUGGGAACGUCACAAGUUGCACUUGUGGCCAAAGCCUUUAACGUGCCUGUGCUGGUCUGCUGCGAGACCUACAAGUUCUGUGAGAGAGUGCAGACCGACUCCUUCGUGUCGAAUGAACUCGACGACCCAGAUGACCUCAUUGUCAGCCGAGCAGGGACCACGCACCUGGAGCACUGGCAGCAGGAGCCCACGCUCGGUUUGCUUAACCUGGUCUACGACGUGACACCACCUGAUUUUGUGGACCUGGUUAUCACAGAACUUGGAAUGAUCCCAUGCACCUCGGUCCCCGUGGUGCUGCGAGUCAAAAACGUGGACCAGUGAAUGAUCACAAGAAUCUGAGCCCCCGGUGCUGGUUUCUGUCUUUGGAAGAGUUUGUGUGCACGAAUGCUUGCAUACUAUGAAGAAGAAAGGAAACAAAAAGUGCUUUUAGCAUGCAAUAAAUAUAUCUGAAAGGUCACAGGCUUUUU